CCAGUCCCCUGUGACAUCAAGAUCAAGAUCACAGCAGUCGCCUUUGCGUUUGCGGCCUUCGCCUCAUUCUUGGAAGUCAUCAGCAGCAGCCGCCGCCUCCUGGAGUCAUUGUUAAAGUGAACCAGUGAUUAUUACUCCCAUGGUUCUCCCCAGCAUGGUGUAUGUGUGGCCAGCAGCGACCUGACGGGAUUCAGUUCACUUUGCAGUCGCGGGAGGCACACUUAUUAGGGGUGUUGAGUGCCAGUCGCAGCCAUGUUCCAUCGCAUGUUUGGUCGCCGUAAGUCUCCAGUGAACGAGGAGGAGACUGCUGAAGCUGUGGAGGCAUCCGAGGAGAAACCUGAGUACAUCAUAAAUGAUGGCUUUGUUGUUGUAGGUGACUCUGCAACUGGAAGUAAUGGCUUUGACCCUCCCCCUGGAUACACUGUUCAAGGAGCCAAUGCUUUCCUUCCUUAUGGUAUUGCUCCAAAGAAUGGCAGCAGUUCUGAAAGAUCGUUGAGUUUUGAGGGCACCACUGCGAUUGAUGGCGUUCCCUUCAAAUUUGGCUCAAAUGUUCUGCUUGAAGACUUGGUGUGUCCGUUUUCCACUGCUUCCACUGAAGAGAUGAUGUCCAAGAUUAAGUCCUUCAACUGGGAUGAUUAUGAGUAUAGCUUUGAACUUGAGAAAAGCAUCAUGAGGGAAUUUAGUAGCACUGUGUAUAGUCAGGCAUAAAAUGCUGAUACAUCAUUGCUACUUGUCUCAAGAUUGUGUAACUUUUACUCUAGACUGCUUUUGCAUUCAAAUUAUGUUAUACGUUUUAAAGUAUUUAUAAAACUGCAUAGGUAUAUGACUUUCUUGUUUAAAAAAAAUAUAUAUUAUAACUUCUGAUCAUCAUAUUGUACAUUUCAUUGUAUUGUAAGUCAUGAUCUUGAGAGAUUUACAAAAAUA